GACAACGUUAUCUUCCAUUGCGAUUCCGAGUCUCUAUUCGCAGCAAACGGUUCAAACGCAACUUUCGUGGACUUGUGAGCUGUGUGGCAAAAUGCUUCCUAACCGAGAGGAAUGGUCAAUUCAUGCCAAGAGUCAUUUGGAGUAUUGACAUCAAGACCGAUCAAAUGGCAUGGAGUCAAACUCUUCAUCUCAUUUGAGCACUUCUCUCCUCGAAAACGGCAACAAAAUCUACGAUAAUCAUCGAUACUCCUCGGAUAAGACGUCGUCAUCGCAACAAGGACUGAUCCAAAUAGUGCAACAACUCUCCCCUUCAAUUUUGCAGCAACAACAACAGGGAAAUACUUCCAUAGCACGUGGCACGAAUAAUAAUAACAACAACGACACUUCUUACCAUCAACAUCAAUCACAAUCCGAGAACGUUUGUUUCAUUUGUCGCCAAGAGUUUCAAUCGCGCAACGAUUUCGUGAAUCAUCUCAAAUCGCACAUCAUCGAAGGUCGUUUGGGAGACGCCUCGAAUGCCGAUAUCAUUGCAAAAGUUAUCUUGGAUGCCACAAAUGGGCUUUGUACAUAAAACUAAUGAUUACAAUCACCUUCAAAAUAUAUGAAAAAAAAUGAGCCGCUAAACAAAGAUAGGAAGGUUAAAGAAAGUAAAAUUAUAUUGUAAAUUAUUGCUUUUUCUCUCUCCGCAUCUCUCGCGAAUUACAUUGUAAAGUAGGUGCAAUUUUGUUAUCAUUAUUAUUAUA